AUGUAUAGACAAGUACCUUUAACAGUCGCUUUCAGUUCUGAAGACGAAAAUGUUAAAAUAAAUGGAAAUAGAAUCACAUUUAAAUUACCUAUUGACUGGUCUGUUAAUAUAAACGAAAAAUAUAUUGGUUUAUCAAGUAUGUAUAUAACACGAGGAUUUAGAAAGGUUGAAUUUGAGCUCGAAGUUGUUGUUAUAAACGAAAUCCAAGAAUUUAAGCAAACUAUUCACAUAUAUAAAUAUUUCAAAGACGACACAACAUUAUAUGAAUGCAUGAGUGAUUUUAACGAAAUUUUCGAAAAGAAAUUUAACAAAACCGCUUUAGGAUUAAAUGUGUAUCUUGAUAAAUUAAAAGAAGAAGUAAUUCAACCACAAAUUAUAGACUUUCAUUAUGAAUUUAUUGAACAAAUAGAUGAUUCACAUACAUGCACAUUUGUUAUAUACUCACCGUUUAAUGAAAUAGCAGAAAAGAGACAAAGUGAUUUUAGGAUAGGUUUUAAAAUUUCUCAGUAUAAUGAAGACUUCAUGAAUGUAUUUAAUUAUAAACCCGGAGAAGAACGAACAGUAUUAUUACCAAUAAUAACAUAUAAUGUAUGGGACAGAAAACAAGUCAUUUUAUAUUCAAAUAUCGCUAAAGGGGUUGAAAAUGAAUUUAUCGGUCAUACUAGAUCGACGCCAUUAA